AUGAAAUAUCCGGUACAAAAAUUGAUCGAUGCCAUAAACAGUGAUUUAAGCUCAAUUGAAGCAUCAAAAAACUUUAAUGUUCCAGAGAGAACGAUCCGUUCUCAUCGUCAAAAUAAAUUAAUUAAAAUUGGUGCUGGUCGUAAUCGUUAUUUAAACGACCAACAAGAAGAUUAUCUCGUUUCUUUGUUGAAGCUGUUGCCGGAAUAUGGAUUUAGAAUUACUGCUAAUGUUGCAUUACAACUUUCUACUGAUUAUUUUAAGUCUAUCGGAUUGUCUUAUAAGCCUGGUCGUAAAUGCUUAAGAUUAUUUGUUAAAAGAUAUAGGAUGGAAAUAAAAUGGAAAAAGGAAGAAAAGCUUGAAAACAUUCGAGCUAACAAGUUUUCAGAAGAAACUCGUCAGUCAUGGUUUUCUCUUUUGAAAGCAACACUGGUUAAACUCGAUUUAUUGGACAAGCCUGCACAGAUUUUUAAUUGUGACGAAACAGGGUUCUGUGAUAAAACCCAACGUAAACAUGUUAUUGUCACUUCAACUACUCGUCAUGUAUUUGAAAAAAAUGGUGGAAGUGGCAAACAAUAUACUACUGCAUUGAUUGGAAUAAGUGCAGCUGGUCAAGUGAUUUCACCUUUUAUUAUUUAUUCUGGUAAAACAUUGAUGAAUACGUGGUGUCGAGGUGGCCCUGAUGGAUCACGUUAUGCCAUUACAAAAAAAGGUUGGAUUGACUCGUGUUCAUUUGAAUUUUGGCUUAGAGAAAUGUUUAUUCCUGCUACAAAACAUCUUAAUAGACCUCUUUUACUUAUAAUGGAUGGGCAUAAUUCCCAUAUUAAUGUAAAUGUUAUUCAAUUGUUGAAACACAAUCGUAUUGUGUGCUUAAUUCUUCCUCCACAUUGUACACAUGGAUUGCAACCCAUCGAUGUUGUUUUAUUUAACAACGUGAAAACAGAUUGGUCAAGCAUUGUAAGCAACUACUUAAAAAGUGGUAAUAAAACCAUUAAAAAUGCUGAUAUUCCUCGUUUAAUGAAACAAUUAUUUAUUGAAAAACAAGCUUUUUCUACUACUCGAAUUGUAUCGUCGUUUUCUCGUUCUGGUAUAUGGCCAUUUAAUGAAAAUGCCAUGAUGAACAAAGUGGUAGCGACUCCAUUCUCUUCAUCAUCAACAUUAACAAUCAUCAACACAACACCGAUACCAACAAAUAUUCUUAUACCACCUACAAGUGCUUCAUUUGCUCCUUCAUCAUCUGUCACGUCAUUAUCAUCACCACCUAUGAAUUUAUCUAAUAUUGAUCGGACCAAUGAAAAAUUGAAUUCAGAUAUUAUGACCAUUGAUAAAACAAAUGGACGAAAAGAUCAAGUAUUAUUUAAUAUCCAGCAAAUUAAACCAAUUGAACCUACGUAUAUUGAUGACGAUGAAAUGCCAUCAUCAAGUGAAGCUACAUAUGCCGUUUUGAAUACGGUUGAUUUAAAUGCAUCGGUUUUUCAAACCGAAACCAAUUCGAAUCAGCAAUCAAUGACAACAAAUGUUCAACGAACAUCGCCUGUUUUAUUGCCGAAAUCAACUAAAGAACAACAACACAAGAAACCAGUUGAAGCUGUCGAUGCUGUACGUGAAGUCCUUGUAGGUUUACUUCAGGAGCAACAGCUGCAGCAACAGUCCACCACGGCACCACUAACAACAACAAUGAGAGCAUCAACGUUAAACAAUACAACUGGUAUCAAUAUAACUGAUGAAGACUUUUUAAAAAUGAUUGAAGAGAAGACUAUGAACAAAAAAAAAUAA